AUGCUAAAGUUCCCUAGAGUCGCUAUCAGAACGUUCUUUAGAGCAAUGUCAUCAAAUAAAGAAAUUCCUGUUGUUCCUUCAAGCGCUGAUCAAUCAACUGAUGUUGCUGAUGCUGGUACGAGAAAGAAAGAUGCAUCAAAGAAGUUACAAAUCUCUUUAAAGACCCCAAAAGGUACCAAAGACUGGGCCGAUAAGGAUAUGGUUAUUCGUCAAGCAAUUUUUGAUAAACUAACUCAUCUAUUCAAAUGUCAUGGUGGUGUUACUAUUGAUACACCUGUGUUUGAAUUACGUGAAAUUUUGGCUGGAAAGUAUGGUGAAGAUUCAAAACUAAUUUACGACCUUAAGGAUCAAGGUGGUGAAUUGUGCUCAUUGCGUUAUGAUUUGACUGUUCCCUUUGCACGCUAUGUUGCUAUGAAUAAUAUACAAAACAUUAAGCGUUAUCAUAUUGCUAAGGUUUAUCGUAGAGACCAACCUGCAAUGACCAAAGGCCGUAUGAGAGAGUUUUACCAAUGUGAUUUUGACAUAGCAGGAUCAUAUGAAUCUAUGGUACCAGAUGGAGAAUGUCUUUCACUAUUAGUGGAGGGUUUAACUGGUCUCGGUAUUCGUGAUUUUAAGAUUAAGUUGAACCAUCGUAAAAUUUUGGAUGGUAUAUUUGAAAUUGCAGGUGUGAGUGAAGAAGAUGUCCGGAAAAUCUCCUCAGCAGUUGAUAAGUUGGAUAAGUCUCCAUGGGAAGUGGUUAGACGUGAAAUUACUGAGGAAAAGGGCCAGUCCGAUGUUACUGCUGAUACUAUUGGUGAGUACGUAAAGUUGAGUGGCUCUCUACGUGAGGUUCACGCUAUUUUAUCAGCUGAUGCUGCUAUCCAAGAUAACACCAAGGCUCGCGAGGGUCUUGAGGAAAUGGAAACGUUGGCUAAGUACGUCGAUGCCUUUGAAAUCGGUGAAUAUAUUUCGUUUGACCUUUCACUUGCACGUGGUUUGGAUUAUUACACUGGUUUGAUCUACGAGGCUGUUACUAGCGCAUCGGCUCCUCCAAAGAACGCUGCUGAGUUGAAGUCCAAGGCUAAGAACGCAAAUGAUGCCUCUGAGUAUGUUGGUGUUGGAUCUAUUGCCGCUGGUGGCCGUUACGAUAAUCUAGUGAAUAUGUUUGCAACCGCAUCCGCAAAGAAGGCCGUUUCUAUCCCAUGUGUGGGUAUUUCAUUUGGUGUUGAGCGUAUAUUUUCAUUGAUCAAGCAACGCUCUGAGCAUGUUGCUGCUAUAAGGCCAUCUGCCACCCAAGUGUUUGUCAUGGCUUUCGGUGGUGGUAAAGACUGGUCGGGCUAUUUGCCGGAAAGAAUGAACAUAGCAAAGCAACUAUGGAGCGCAGGUAUUGAGGCUGAAUACGUUUACAAAUCGAAAAUAAAUCCAAGAAAACAAUUUGAAGCUGCUGAAAAAGCCGGGUGUCCGUUGGCUGUUAUUUUAGGCAAAGAAGAGUUUUUGGAGGGUAAGCUACGCGUUAAACGUCUGGGCCCAGCCUUUGCUGAUGAUCAAGGUGAAUUGAUAGAUGCGUCCGAAGUUGUCAAGGUAGUGAAACAAAAAUUAUCCGAAGUUGAUGAAAACGGACUAGAUCAGGUGGCUCGUUUACUCCAAAGUAUUUAA